UAUUAUUAUUAACAAGCGCUAAACACGUCUUAAGCUUCUGACUAAGACUCCGUUGUCUCAGCACUCACUCAGACACUGACAAGAGCUUCCAUGGAAGAACCAAAACCACCACCGCCAGCAGCAGCAGAGAACGCACCUGCCCAAGUUACAAAUCCACCACCGCCAGCAGCAGCAGAGAACGCACCUGCCCUAGUUACAAAUCCACCACCGCCAGCAGCAGCAGAGAACGCACCUGCCCAAGUUACAAAUCCACCACCGCCAGCAGCAGCAGAGAACGCACCUGCCCAAGUUACAAAUCCACCACCAGACACUCCACAAACUGUGCCUGCCCAAGUUACAGAUCCACUACCAGACACGACACAAACUGUGCCUGCCCAAGUUACAGAUCCACCACCAGACACGACACAAACUGUGCCUGCCCAAGUUACAGAUUCACCACCAGACACUACACAAACUGUGCCUCCUCAAGCUCCUCCUCCACCUUCUCUUCCUCCUAAAACCACCAAGAAAAGACCUCUUGACAACAACGGACAACUCCAAAACUCCAACUACUACAAGAUGCGUCUUGUUCUUAAAGAUCUUCGUCCUCAUUUUAUCGAGGUAGACUUCUUACCUAUCACCAAAAAUUUUCGAUUUUGUGAAGAAUUAAAACUAGCGACUACCUCUAUCAACAUGCAUGACCCAACAUAUGGGUUGACUGUGAGGGGAAGUGUUAAGAAGAUAAAGAUUCUGAUGGAACUAUACAAAGCAGAAACAGUGAUCACAGUGAAGGGUAGGGCUGUGGCAGAAAGCCAGCCACCCCAAGAUGUUAAGGUGGCAGAGCAACCUCAAAAAGACGGGGUAAGUGCAAAAUCAUCUGAAAUAGAGUCCAAGAAGCAGCAGGGAAAAGAUGCUGAGAGACAAGGGUCUUGUAUUGUUGGAGGAUCAGCUUUUGGCUGGAACUUCAUCACUUUUGCUGGCACUCAACCUGUUUACUAUGGAGUAACAAAGGAAUUAUUUCGAAAACUGAAUUCAGGAGAAGGCCAAUGAAUUCUCUCUCUCUCAAAGGAAAUAAUGUAUUUGGCUGGAACUCACUUUUGCCGGCACUCAACCUGUGUUUUAUGGAGUGACAAAGAAAUUAUUUCGAAAACUGAAUUCAGAAAGCCAAUGAACCCUCUCUUUCAAAGGAAAUAAUGUAUGUGGGCCACCCACAUUAUUCAUGAAGAGAAUUUUUAUUGUAAUUCUAACUCUUAACUUUUUACAUAACCGAUUAAGGCUGUGUU